UUAACAUUUCACAACUUUCCUUUCCUUAUUUUUUUCUUGACGUUUGCUCUUGACAUGAACAACAGGGCUGUGUUCAAUAUGCAGAGCUCUUUGUACCGUUGCUCAUUCCACUGAUGGGAUUGCGUAACCAAAGACACCGUUUCCGUGGUAAUGAGUGUCAACAUCUCAAGACAAAACAUCAAACUAUACAGAUUUCCUUCCUUACCAAUACAGAACAAAGAAACAUGAGCGGCAAGCCAAGGGUUCCAGAAAGUUCAACCCCAGUUUACCAAGAAACUAAAACUGAAUCAAUGGAAUGUGAGAAUGAAACUGGAUUUCUACUUCACCAAAGACUGCGUGAACACGCUCUUAUUGUGUUAGGCUGCGAACAAUACAAAAUGCCACAAGAUCUAGAAACAUUAUUACUUCUAAGAAGAAAAGCCAUACUUCAACUGUUGAGGUCUAACACUUACACUGAGAAUAAAGUUCAGAAAAUAAACAGGUCUUAUGAGAUAAUCAAAUCAGUGCUGGGGCGUACAUUUCCACCUAACCAUGCAGAUUGCCAAUAUUACAUUGCUGAACAUUUCGUGAACACAACGAAAGUAAGCCAUCCGUUAAUCAGAGCUGUAUCAACCUGUGAAGAAAAAAAUGCUGCUUGGAAACCCCACAUGGAAGACGUAUCAGUCCUAAUCGAUCAGUAUGGGGGAAAAGCGGGCGCGUGCUUCAUUGGCCUAUUUGACGGAUUUCAUGGCAAAUUUGCUGCUCAGGUUACAUCAAAAGAACUUCCGAUUCUUAUUCUUGAGCAGCUGUCAAAAUGCCCGUCAUCCACAUACUCUGUAACAAGUGAAGAUCUGAAGAUGUUAGCUGGUUUUGACACAAUAUUCCAGGAAAUGUGCGAGGACAACAAUACAGGUUACGCUUCAGCCGCUUCAUUCUCCGUGGAAGACGACGUGAGUGACCCAGAACGCGUGCACAGGGCUUUCGCUAAAGCGUUUUGGAAGAUGGACAGGUUGCUUGGACUGGGUAGAGGUGAAGCCUCCAGGAUCAGGUGGAGUGGCUGCACAGCUUUAAUUUGCCUGAUCGAAAGCACAGAAAAAGCACGAAAAAGUGCGACUGGGGUGGCUGGAAAUGGUAAUACCACUGGUAUACCAACAAAUCAACAAGGACCUGUUACUGGGAUGAUACACAUAGCCAACGCUGGUAACACACACGCUGUUUUAUGCAAGAAUGGGAAAGGCCAUCAUCUAACCCAAGAUCACAGUACGUCAAACCACAAGGAGAGAUGUCGAAUUUAUCAGAAUGGUGGGACAAUCAGUGUUCAUGAGCCACAUGGACUGGUAGAAGGACUGACAAGAGCUACCCGUGGACUUGGACAUCAUGGAGAUCCACUGCUGAAAAAGUGUGUUAUACCAGUGCCAAGCUCACUGUCUUUACCAAUAGAUGAUUCCUUUCAGUUCUUAAUUUUAGCUUCCAGUGGGCUUUGGGACGUGCUAAACAAAGACAAAGUAGUAACAAUUGCAAUUGAAAUUCUUUCUUCUCAUUCAGAAUUAAAUCAGGAUAGAGGCUCAAUGUCAAGCCAAGCAUCAGUUCAAUUUUCAAAGACUGCGCUCCCAACUGACAUGAGCAUUAAAACCAAGAGUGAAGACAAUCAUUUUGUUUCAGAAGUAAUACAGGACAGCCAACCUGAAGAAAACACUUUGACCAAUGUAACUGCGACAGUUGAAGAGCAUUUACAAAUGCAAAACCAGUACGAGCUUCUUGCAGCUACCAUCAGUAAAACAAUAGCUGUAAUGGCAAUGUGUGCAGGAUCCCGGGAAAAUAUCACAGUAACUGUAGUACUUCUUCCUGGGUGUGAUUCUUAUUUGAAAUGACUACAUUUCCAGCUAAUUAAAUUCGGGAGUGCAUUUUAAAAACAUGUUUUGUGUUUUAUUAAACAUGUUUACAAUGGAGAUAUUUGUAGUGAGAACACUUGUAUGCAAGAAGUUACAUUUUUUACAUAAUGUAACAGUUGGCAGUUAACAAAUUUCUUAACAUUAAUAAACUGAUCAAAUGCAAUUUUUUUUUUAUCUUUAUUUGGUAAUACAGCACCGUAAAUCAUUUGCAUUUAGCUUUCAACUGCAUUAAAUGUUCACAAACAGUAUACAAUAUCUGCUUGUUUAACUUAUUCAUAUGGUAGCACCUGAACAAUACAACUGAUCAGACCUUUCUUUAUUACGUUUACAACGAUGUUGUUAAAAGUGACAAGUCAGUCAGUUUAUUGAACAGUUCAGCUAUCUGUCUAUUAAGCAGUUGAACUACUACCCCAAUAGUUUUUUUUUUUUUUAUUAGUUUUUUUUGUAUUAUUUCUUAUUUUACAAGGUAUAAUAUUGUAUGGGGAAAUCAUUGACUUGACACUAAAAUAAUUAGUGCAAUGCAAAAGAAAUACUAAAAAUAUAAAUUGAGACAUAAUUCAUUUUGAGAAAGCACAAGGCAAACCACUAAGGAAAUGCAAGUUCAAAUGUCAAUGUUAACACAACAUACAUUUAUAAAGCCCACCACUGAUUAUAAUUUGCCAUUUGUGAAAAACUCCAAACCCUUUAUAGAACCGAUUCAGUUACUGUACAUAUUGUAUGGUUAUCUAAAACAACUCCCUAGCAGGCAUUAGUCCAAUACAUGAUAUAUUUAAAAGUAGACUACACUGCAACACCCUAUUUACAGAAAGUUAUUUUUACCAAGCCAGCUAUAAUAAUGAAAAUGAAUAUUCAUGAGCAUUUUAGUGCAAGGCAUGGUCUACAUGUUUUAAAAGAACAUUAACAGUUUGUUCCCAAAACAAUUAAGAUGUAUGAAAAUUAGUCAAACCACUGUUAGCAGAAAAAAAAAAAAAACAUUUGAAAUCAGAAAUAACCAUUUCCAACUAUUAAUUAUCAAAUGUGGUCUCAGGACUGUUAGAUCAUGAUUAAAAUUAGGGCAGAUUUUCUUUCCAGUUUUAAUGUGAGUAAACUGAAAAUGUUCAUUUGCAAAUAACCCCAUAUUACUGAUGCAAUUUUACAGAUUGGUUUGCAUAAUGUAACUACUAUAAAAGGAAUGCAUGGAUUUGAUGAGGGUCCUUGCAGACACUAGCCACUGCAGAAAUACUGCACAAUUGCACAAUGCCACUACAACAGAUAGAAGCAGGCAUGACCGAAGGACCUAGGAAUGGGAGACUUUGUUCUACUGCUACCAUUUAGUUCGUUGGGAAGCCAUGGGUACAAUAAAAGAACAAGUAGAGACCAUUGCCUUGGCCACUAAUGAAUCAUAGCUAUCAACCAGAAGGGGAAAACUAACCAGCAUCCCUCAAGAAAUCAGACAGGUAUGUCCUUUUCAGCAUUAAAAGGUGUUUUUUUUUUUUUUUUUUGCUGAUGAAGAAUGUUAAAACUGUGUAUUUCGACCUUGUAGUGAUACAUGCAUCUACAUCUUUGAAGUUUUUUUUUUUUUUUUUUUAA